AUGACACUGGCUACUGAUAAAAUUGAGAAAGCUAUGGCCAAUGUGGAUCUUGGUAGUGAAGAUGUUGAAGUGGAAAAAGCUGAACCAGAAGAUUCAGUGAGAACACCAUUACAAAACAAAUUUCAUUAUUUCUUUGAAGAACCAAGAUCCACAUUGGCCAUAGCUUUCUCAAUUUUAUCAGUAGCCAGUGUCAUAGCGACAGUUGUUGCAAUAUGUGUUCAAUCUUAUACAACAAUACCUGCAUUUGAUCCCAGAUGGUAA